GGAUGGUGGGCGUUUUAUCCCAAUCUCGACGAGCACGACGCCUCUUCCCAUCCACGUGGCAGUGACGGAGGCCUGUGCCUCUCUCUCAGUCGUAUUCUUCUGUCCUCUCGUCGCGAACGCACGAAAGAGAGAGAAGAAGGGGAAACUUUUUAGGGUUCGGUUACAGAGCGGUUUAGGGUUUGGAGAGCGGGAGGAGAACUAGGGUUUGGGGGCGCGCUGGAUGAUUAGAGCUGGAGAUGGUCCUGGGCUCCAUGCGGAAAUCGUUCAAGGAUUCGCUGAAAGUCCUGGAAGCUGACAUCCAGCAUGCCAACACACUGGCUUCAGAUUUUCGCAGAGAAUAUGAUGGUGCAUGUCUUCAGAUGCGAAUGUCAUAUAGCCCUGCUGCACACCUAUUUCUUUUUCUGGUGCAAUGGACUGAUUGUAGCCUUGCUGGGGCUCUUGGACUGCUGAGAAUUCUCAUAUAUAAGGUUUACAUUGAUGGAACAACAACCAUGUCAACCCAUGAAAGGAAAGCAAGUCUUAAAGAGUUCUAUGCUGUAAUUUUUCCAUCUUUGCUGCAACUACAAAGAGGGAUCACUGAUAUGGAGGAUAAAAAGCAAAAGGCAGUAUGCAUGGAAAGGUAUAGGAGAAGAGAUGAUGUUGAGAGGAAGCAGUUAUCAGUUAUAGAUGCUGAAAGAGAAGAAGAAUGUGGGAUUUGCAUGGAGAUGAACAGCAAGAUUGUUUUACCCAACUGCAGCCAUGCUAUGUGCAUGAAGUGCUAUCGUGAAUGGAAUGCAAGAUCUCAGUCAUGCCCCUUUUGCCGUGAUAGCCUCAGGAGAGUAAACUCGUGCGAUUUAUGGGUCUAUACUGAUAGCAGAGAUGUCAUUGAUAUGGCAACGGUGUCAAGGGAAAAUCUCAGACGCCUAUUCAUAUACAUAGAUAAGCUGCCUCUAAUAGUUCCGGAUGGUGUUUUCGAUGCCUACGAUUCUCAUGUGAAGUGAGCUGUGUUAGCUAUGUCACUGAUAGAUUCAACUACGUCAAUUCCGUCAGCAAGUGCCAGUCAUAUCAAUGCUGAUUUAUGAUUUGGUGGUGAUUCCAAUUUCUGUUCAAAAUGCUACGACUGCAUUUUAAAGCAGCUUAGGAAUUGGAGGGAGCUAUACUGAAGGUAUCUGUAGAUUGUGUCCAGGAAUGUGUAAAUGUCUGUGCAGUUUGUAAGUUUGCCAGUUAAGAGCCAUCUUUGUGUUUCACACGGUAAACGCAUGAACUAAUUUGGUGCCAAUGAUAGGGCUUAAGCAGUAUCAAGCCAUUGUGUUAUUGAAUAACUGUGUGCCUUCUUGGAAGAUAAAAGUAACUGUUGUCUGAAAA